AUGAAGUCCACCACCGGUCUCUUGAUCGCCGGCCUUUGCGCCUCUCUGGCAGCUGCCACUCCUCUUGACAAGCGCGCAUUGGUCACCACCUAUGAGAUUGUUACCGUGACUGCCACAGUUACCGGUUAUCCUCCAGCCAAGUCAACGGAUGCUCCCGCAGAUGCUGGAUCUGGCGGUUGGAGCAACUGGGGUGGAUGGCGUGGCGGAAAUGGAGCAGGAUCAUGGGGAGGUGAUGCCACGACCUUUACCCAACCUGCACCUUCCAUGGAAGCUCCUGCUCCUCAAAAUCCUGCUCCAUCCUUCAAUCAAGCACCAGCACCCGCCGAGGAGAGCAGCAGCAGCAGCAGCGCAUGGUCUUCAUCUGCCCCUCCCUCCAACCCCAAACCAACAUCAGUCUCGUCUGAUUAUCAACAAGGCAUUCUGGACGCUCACAACAUUCAUCGGGCCAACCACUCGGUAUCUGACCUUUCUUGGGAUGAUAAGCUCGCUGGGAUCGCUGCUCAGAUUGCCGCCAGCUGUGUGUAUGCCCAUGAUACCUCGACUGGUGGUGGUGGUUAUGGCCAGAACAUUGGUGCCGGAUCUCCUCCCUCGGAUAUCCCCAGCAUGAUCGGCGACUUGAUGUACAACGACGAGAUCAACUUUUAUCCCGGAUACGGCGGUGAGCCUGACAUGAGCAACUUCCAUGCGUGGGGUCACUUUUCUCAGAUUGUCUGGAAGUCAACCACUGGUGUGGGAUGCGCUACUCAAUACUGCCCCAAUGGACUCGCCAACACUGGUGGUGGUGUCAGCCCAUACUUCACCGUUUGUAACUACGGUCCUCCAGGCAACUUUGGUGGUCAAUAUGGCGCCAAUGUGCUGGCUCCCUUGGGACAUCCCACGGUCUCGAUAUAA